CAUUAUUCCCGCCUGCUCUCCCACUGAGCACUUCAGCACCGCUCAGCUCCCGUCCGCGCGCGUGUGUGUGUGUGUGACCCACUCACGCGUGUACGUUAAGAAGACUUUUGUGUGUUUUUCUGAGUGGAGUCGGAGUGCCGCCGCUCAUCACUGAAAGUGACUGCAGGAUCGGGAAUACUGGGGCUUUUUUCCUCAAGCUUUUCGAAGACAAAAACUGAGCUUUUAUAUAUCUAUCUAUAUAUUUCUAUCUCUAUAUCUAUACCCUCCGGUCACCGUUUUUGUCACAGGCUUUUUUUUUUUUUUUUCCCAAAACAAAUAAGCGGAUUUCCCAAACUUUUUGGAACGGAAUCGUGCGCAUGCCGCCACUUUAGGCGCUGAGCGAGUUGGCUACGCGCAUUGGAGUUGCUUGACUUGAGUCGAAGUUUCUUCUUGACGGACAAGGUGCACAACGGGUGUGGGAAAUAGGAGAGGGAAAUAUUUGGAACUAUGGAUUUGCGAGGCGCUGGCGGACACUCUUUUCGAUCUUGGAAGCGCUGAAGCGUUUUGGAGGUCGCUUUCCGCAAGCAGAUGGACAGAUCUGGAUCGAGACCGUGUGUGACAUUUUCAUCCCCCCCCCCUCGGAGGUGAGAGGUGACGUCGUUUGUGGAUCUGCAAAGAGAACUCUUCCGCGCCAAGACGGCAAGUCCCAAAGAAUACGGGAACUCCGGCCCGAUUAGGCAAAACACAGACCCGACCAAUGGACUCAAGUGGAUCUGAGUAAAAGAAGUGUGUUAACAUCCGCGGUUAUUAUUGAUCCUUGAAUUGCCGCUGUGGACUUGAAAAGAAACCAAAAUGAUGACCAUGAUGAUGAUGAUGGCGGCGGCCACGGUGGUCACCUGCAGCUCUCUGUGCCUUUUGGGAUUGGCCGCGGCUCACGCUUCCUCUUCCGGCGCUGGGACGCGUUCGUCUGCCUCUUCCUCCUCCUCCUCCUCUUCAUCCUCACCACGUAUGAAGCUCUCGUACAAAGACUUGCAGCAGUCGAACGGCGUGCGGCGCUUUGAGCUGGAGCGCUCGUGCUGCUUCGGCGCUCUGCUGCUGGACGAGGAGCGGGGCCGACUGUUCGUCGGGGCCAAGAACUUCCUGCUGUCGCUCUCGCUGGAUAACAUCGGCAAACAGGAGCACAAGGUCGGGCGAGACGCCGUCCCGCCGCCCGUAUUGAUCCACUGGCCCGCCCCCGUCGAGUGGAGGGAGGAAUGCAACUGGGCUGGCAAGGACAUCGCAUCCGACUGCGUAAACUAUGUGAAGAUCGUCCACCACUUCAACCGCACCCACCUGUACGCCUGCGGAACGGGAGCCUUCCAUCCCACUUGUGCCUUUGUGGAGGUGGGGCACAGGAUGGAGGACCACGUCUUCAAGAUCAACCCUUCUUGCAUAGAAGAUGGCAAAGGGAAGAGUCCGUACGACCCUCGCCAUAAGGCUGCGUCUGUACUCAUUGGUGAUGAGCUGUAUGCAGGCGUGGCCACGGAUUUAAUGGGGCGGGACUUCACCAUCUUCCGAAGUCUGGGGAAACGCCCCUCCAUCCGCACGGAGCAACAUGACUCACGUUGGCUCAACGAGCCCAAAUUUGUGGGUUCCUUUUGGGUCCCAGAAAGUGAAAACCCCGACGACGACAAAGUCUUUUUCUUCUUCCGGGAGACGGCGGUGGAGGCCCAAGGUUUGGGAAAGUCCACGUACUCCCGCAUUGGACAACUCUGCAGGAAUGACAUGGGCGGCCAAAGAAGUCUGGUGAAUAAGUGGACGACGUUCCUCAAAACCCGCCUGAUCUGCUCGGUACCCGGAGCCGACGGCGGCGACACUUACUUCGACGAGCUACGCGAUGUAUUCCUGCUGCAAACGAGGGACAGAAAGAAUCCUCUGGUCUACAGCGUCUUCUCCACUUCCAGCAGCGUAUUUAAAGGCUCAGCUGUGUGUCUUUACUCCAUGAAUGACAUCCGGAGGGCCUUCCUGGGGCCGUUUGCUCACAAAGAGGGGCCCAACUACCAGUGGGUCCCCUUCCAGGGAAAAGUGCCUUAUCCCCGCCCAGGAAUGUGUCCCAGCAAGACUUUUGGCAGCUUCGAGUCCACCAAGGGUUUCCCAGACGACGUGAUUCAGUUUGCACGCCACCACCCGCUGAUGUACAACCCGGUGUACCCCAUGACCAGACGGCCCGUCUUUGUCAGAACCAACGUGGACUACAGCUUCACGCAGAUCACCGUGGACAGGGUCAACGCCGCUGACGGACAGUAUGAUGUCAUGUUCAUUGGCACAGAUUCCCGCACUCCCGCCUUGCCUCCCUGCUUCCCUGCAAUCGGGUCCACCAUGUUCUUGCCUUGCGUUCGUCGCCUUCGCCCUAACCACGUACGCGGCGCUUCUUCUUUAGACAAAGGGACAGUACUGAAGGUCAUCAAUGUGCCCAAAGAAAGCUGGAACAGCAUGGAAGAACUUCUGCUGGAAGAGCUGGAAGUCUUCAAAGAUGCGGCGUCUGUCAUCAACAUGCAGAUCUCCUCAAAGCGGCAACAACUCUACGUGGGCUCCGACGCCGGCAUCGCCCAGGUGCCCCUGCACCGAUGCGGCGCGUACGGGAAAGCGUGUGCCGAGUGCUGCCUGGCCCGAGACCCUUACUGUGCCUGGGAUGGGACAUCCUGCACUCGCUAUCUUCCCAACACUAAAAGGCGAUUCCGUCGCCAGGACGUGAGAAAUGGCGAUCCCAACACUCUGUGCUCAGGAGACCACCACAAGCACCAUAUCGCCGAGAAGAAGCUGUACGGGGUGGAAGGAAGCAGCACUUUCUUGGAGUGCGUCCCCAAAUCCCUCCAGGCCCGGGUCACCUGGACUUUUCAGAAACAACGAGACAAGCCACGAGAAGAGGUGCGUGCGGACGACCGAGUCCUGCAAACGGACCGAGGCCUCCUGUUGCGCCGCGUCCUGAGGAAGGACGCCGCCGUCUACCAGUGUCACGCCACGGAGCACGGCUUCACCCAAACCCUGCUGGGCAUCACUUUAGACGUCAUCCAGUCCGCUUCGUCUAACCUGCCCUCGGAGGCCCCGUCCCGAGCGGAGCCCCGCAGCGGGGGCGGGCCCCCGGCGGCCGGCCCGAAGCUUUGGUAUCGGGACUUCAUGCAGCUGGUGGACCAUCCCAACCUGAGCACCGUGGACCAGAUUUGCGAACAAGUUUGGGCCCGCCGGAAUCCCGCCGGUGAUCUACCGGUGAAGAAGGCUCCCGCUCCGGGGAGGGACUCGACGGCUCCCGGCCCCUCUGUCCGCCCCGCUAACAAGAAGUGGAAGCAUCUCCAGGAGCUGAGGAAAGGGCGCAACCGGCGGACCCACGACGGGAAGCAGAACCCUCGGGCGCCGCGGAGCGCGGGGGACUAACGGCAACGAGAAGAACAAGUGGGAUUGGAAGAACUGAUUCCAGUAGAGGGUUAGAAAGGGACUGACAGAACCUUUGGAGGUCUUUACACUUUACACACGAACACACACGCGCACACACAGGCUAAUCUGCACACACACACGAACUGCGCCUCCUCUAUUGUGUAUAUUUAUCUGUGGAGUUCCUUGCAUGUGUCGAGUCUCACAUUCAUCCUGCACGUUCCCGUCACAAUGUGCCAUUUUCCGAGAUGCCAGUACGAGCGGCUACGUAAUUUGAUAGCGACCGUGUAGAUCAGCGGACACUCGUUUCUCCGCGGCGGCUGGGCCGCAUCUUCGCAAACUACAUGUCAUUUCGAGGGUCCACGCCGUAGCGGGAACUCGAUGCCACAAAACCUUUGGGAUGACCUCACGUCUUCCUCCACCUCGAAAGACUCGACGGGCGGUGCGGAGCAACGACGGCGGACGUGACGGCGCUUCGGAGACACAACUGGAAUAUUUUUCUACAACUGGAAACGCGCGCGCAUGCGGAGCGAUGGACUACUUCAUGUGAUGUUUUGACAAGCCUCUUGCAGCGUUUCCUUUUGUUUUCCGUCACGGCGCAUAAUGUCAUCAUUAAGUCGGGGUCGAGACGGGAAGCGGCAGGGGACGGACGCGCUGCGGGUUCGUGGAGGACCACCCUUUGGCGCACGUUGUAGCGUCAAGUGUCGAGUUAGUAAUGAUGUGUGACCAGAUGAAACCACUGCAGAGCGCGGAGGAACCGCUGGCUUUGCAACCAUGUUAGCUGCUUUUUGUCAUACGUGCAAAAGAGCAGCUCUACGAAGGAGCGCGAGGGCCACGUGAGGAAAAGAAAUAGAUGGUUAGCACGCCCGCCUCGAAUGGGAGAGCUUCAGGUUUGAAUCUCUGCUCUUUGCACGCUUUCCCCGUCCUCGCGUGUCUUUGAACCGCGACGCCAUCGGUGACUUCACGUUGUAAUAGUACGAGGGGAAAAAAAAAUAUCAGUCCAAGGCCAAAAGUCCUAAUUUGAGAACAAUCAUGUCAUACGAUGAGAAGCCAGUCUUAAUGUUAUGAGGAAAAAAAAUGAAUGUCACAAUUCCCAAUCAAGCCUCAAACCAAUCAUGCGAGGACGUGAGCCGAUGUCGCUUUCUCACCAUCGGAAGCAAACAAAUGUACGAACGUGUCGCUUGAUUUCAUUGUUUGUGGAGUGGAAAUGCCGCGACACGUUUGCGAUAUUCCCACUUGACUCCGGUAGCGUUUGCGCCUUCUCCUUCCCAAGCGUCAGAUGAUCCGCCGCACGGGGAAAACUAUCGUUACACCUCGGAGAUGAAAAAGGAGCAAAUAAAGAGUUGGCUUUCGCCGCUGUACCAGCUUCUGCUUUUCUGUCGGCGAGGUCAGAGGUCAGCGAUGUCGGACCCGGUGCCUCUCCGCGCCACGCGUGAGCUUUCUUCGUGCACUCGGGCCCGGCCUCGCCGGAGCAGAAAAGGGGGCUUCCCCAAACCGUUGCCACGAAAGCGGCGAGCGUACAAUUUUCCAAAAUGGAAGCAAUUACAAUUCAUAUUCAGUGCUGCGUGUCUCAAUAUGCUUUUUCUAAAUGGUGUAAAAGUUACGAUCACAACAUUGUUAACCUAACACACCCUCAUUGGAUCUUUGUUGUUUUUUUUCCUGAAAUAGAAAAAGAUACGCAAGAUGACAACUCACGGUUGCGGGCUAGAGUACAUUAUCUACAUUAACGUUGUUGUUCUAUUUAUGAGUGUGACUAUGAUUUGAUUUUUAUUCCAAGCGGUACUUGGCGGCCCCGCUCUUUUUCAGAUGUUGUUGCAGAUGUUGUUUGUGAUGAAUUAAAAAAAAAAAAGAAAAAAAAAGCCA